GGUGCCAGCGCUUCUUUGACGCUCAUUACGCGCCGACCCGUCGAGCUAUCGACACCGGGUGUACCGGAGCAGCGAGAGGGUUUUGAGAUCGUCCAUUGGGAGCCGACUCAGGAAGAGAAGCAGGAUCAGGAGAGAAAGGUGGGAGAAAGAAACGAGACAACGACGUUUCCAAGCACGACCAGUCACUUUUGUGCUACGUGGAUCUGGUUGGAAGUACCGUACACGUAGAAGACGAAGAAAAGAUGGAGAAGGAACAGCCGGACUCCCUGGCGACGGUCGCCGUCGUUUCGGAAAAGAUACCUCAGGCUCACAGCCACUAUGCGCCCAGUGAGGUCUAUUCCACCACCGAGCCGCCACCGGCGUACAUGAGGCCUCCGAUAAAAAGCACGGCGGUUCAAAUUGCGAGGAUCGCCGCUAUUACUCUGAUCACGAUGUCCGUAGUCCUCGGCAGCUUCAUCUUGGCGGCGUCCUGGGUCCAGGCUAGAGCUUCCUGCACACCGGAAUCGAUCGCGGCAAUGCAACGUGAACUGAAACUGCAACAACAGCAACAACAACAAAUUCCUGGGACUUACCAGUCGCAGGGUGAAUUCCUGAAGCAUCUGCAGCCCGAAGCGCUUGUGCAGGAAUCUGUCGAAUCGAAGGAUUCCCUGCAGAACCUCGCUGCGCCGACGAAGAAGGAGGUCAAUCCAAAUAUGGAUAUUAAGGAUAUGAAAGUUCAAGGAGAAGGAGAGAACAGCUCGAAACCUGACAGCGAGAGCGGCGACCGCGACGAUGACGAUGACGAUUAUGAUGACGAUGAGUUCCCUCCUGUGCACAUUAAGCUUCCUCUUCAAUUAGACCUCGACGACAUCGCAGGUACGCUGAUUCAGCAGGCUCGUAGCAGAGUUUCCUGCGUGGUUGAACGACGACGGGCCGACGAAGUGAUGGACGGAACCGCUGACAACGGUCUGGAUAACAGUACUGAUCCGCAACGUUUCCAGAGAUUGAGCGGCGAGCGAGUUGCUAUUCUUUGUGAGUCGGGCAAUCCAAGCCAGGAGCAACAGGAGCAGGAAAUACUCACCCCGAUCAUCGUGCCUCUCGGCACUGUUCAAAUUCCCCUGCAGUCCCAGGAACCCAACCCAGGCUACCAUCAGUAUCAGAUACACACUCAAUAUCAGGUUCCCGAUAUGCAGCAACUGCCGCUUAGCGACCCACGAGGAUUGAAUCAUAUUCCUCCGGGUUUACUUCCACCUGAGCUCCGUAACUUGCCUCAGUUAACUAUGGAGAUGAGGCCACCUCGAAUGGGGCCGCAAGCACCUAUGAUGAGUCCUCAGAAUAACCCGAUGGGAUCUCAAGUCGAGAUGCGCCAGAUCCCCAUCGAGCUGCGUCAUUUCCCGAUAGAUCCUAUGAGAGGCAUGCGGCCGAUAGCUCAGGAGCCUCGCCAGGAGCCGCAGUCGCAUGUCUCAAUAGUGUACCAACAAGGCGAGCAAGUUCCUAACACCUACAACCAGGAGCAACAAGGUCCUGCCAUGCUGCUACCACCACCUCCUCCUCCUCCUUCGCAAGCUGAGGCACAGAUCCAAGAUCAGAGAAUGCAUCAACCGGUGAUGAUUCCGCAGGCCGAACAGAGACCAUCGGUCGCACCUCAAGUCACGCAAGAGAAAGCGCGCUCUCCUUUCCAAGGCAUUCCAAUUGAAAUCAGAAGAAUCAUUCAGCAAGUACCGCUGGAGAUCAAAAACAUUAUUCAGCACAUCACUGGCGAAGCCAGACCGUUCCCGGUACAGGUACCGGAGGGAGCACGUCGUGAAGAAUUCAAGCCGUUCCCAGAAGGCGCGCGACCAAUACCGUUAGGGCCAUUCCCACUUCCGGUGGAAGUGAGGAAUUUGAUUGAACAUGGAAAUAUCGAAGGCCGUCAACGUCCGGAUGGCAGCGACGAACAGCAGGAAGCAAAACCUUUCCCAAAUCCGGAAGAUGAAAGCGAUGAAGUUGAGAGAAACUUUCCAGUGCCGAUGGAAAUUCGUGAUAUAAUUCAUCAGGUCGUGGAAGGUCGCGCUUUCCCAGUUCCGAGAUUUGCUCUAAGACCGGUCGAAUCUUUGGAAGUACCAGUAGAAGCUCGUGCUGAAGUGACUGACGGUCAGUCUACAGAGCAACAAGCUGAGCCACGACAGCAGGUCGAUCAACAUCAGGCAGCGCACAUGAUGAUUCAGCAACAGCAGCAGCAACAACAGCAGCAACAACAACCUGUGCAUGAAACACGCCCACACUUUGUACAACCACGUUCUGUGCGCUCUGUACCCGACGACGUCUUCCUUCAUCACCGUGAGAAACGCGUACGUCGUUGUGCUUGCGACUGCGCAUGUUAAAUAACGCAGCUAACAACCGCACUGGAAGACCAGAUCAUCGAGUCCGUGCGGGAUUUUACAAUUAAGAAGGAGUGAGCCUGGAAAGUUUAUCACUAACGUACACUACGAUCAGACCUUUGGGAUUGUCGCGGUUUUGGCGAAAAAAAUUGUUGCGUAUAUUUCUUGUCGAUGUUGCAACCAUUGCGAUCGCACCUAAUUUUCACGAACCGAAAUAGAUUAUUAUAACAGGCUACGACGUCGAGUAAUUUUCCUUCAAGUUCUUCUAGAUUCUGAAGCUCUUGAUAAAAAUUAAAAAAUUCUUAAUUUCUACUCGUCAAUAAAAAAAAAAUGCGAUAAGAAGAAAAAAGAGAAAUGAUAAAGCGUUAUACAAAAUUAAUAAUAUAUUUAUGUUCUAUGCGGCAGGUGAGUGUGCCUGCUAAUUGAAGCGUAUAGUUGACGAUUACAAUUGAAUCUCGUCGCAAAAUAAUUUUUACCAAUGAUUGGUUCCAGAAAAAUUUGUUUUAGAAUAUUUUUAACCUUUAACACGUCAAUGGGGAUUAAAAGAAUUAUUUAGUAAACUGUGUAAAAUGUUGUACACAUUUUACGUACAUUUUAUUCUCAUAAGCUACAGAUCGUCAAUGAGAUUAGAUACAAGUGAUAUUUUUCAAACUAAUUCGUCGAUUGUACUUCUUCGUAUGGAAAAAAUGGAAAGCUUAGUUUAGAAAUCUGUGAUUCUUUUCUAUACCGGAAAAGUGCUUUUGGAAAUGCAGCAAACGAACAUGGUUUCAUUUUAAAAGGUAAUUAAUUAUUAUGUACUAUUAGGCGUUUCUGUACAAUAAUCGUCUCUUUAUAUCCCGUUAAUAAUUAUGCAUUUUUGUUUAUUUACUUCUUAUAAGCUCCUGUUCCCCUCAUAACGAUAGAGAGGAUCGACCUAUGUAAAAACUGAUCCAAGCUUCUUUAAAAUACAAUGUAUUUUUACUUUAGUUUGAUUGAUUAUUUACUUGAUUCACUUCUGUACAUUGUUUAUAUUUAUUGGAAAAAUUAGUUUAAGCUUUGAUUAUUUUAUUGACUUAUAUGUUCCCUAUAUAUCCUACAUGUUUCUCUUUUUUCAUGACAAAUAAUAAAGUGAUACAAUAUUGGUCAGAUUCAAA